AUGGUCCAAGUUUUUUUCAAUGGCGGAUCGCACAGCUUCAACUUGGCCGAUAUCCAGACAAUUUCGCCAGAUCAAUUGAUUUCAAAGGUUGUGGAUGUGUCUUCGGGGCGAUAUGGUAUGAAUCACUUUCUGCCCGUUAUUUUUCUUCAAUUUUAGGCCUGAGUCAUCAUGGAAAACUCGUCCGCGAGAUGCCGACGCUGCACGAAAAAGCUGCUCUGCGGAUCGUGCCCCUUUCUGCCGAAAAGGACCAACCUGCGGCGGAUCAUCCUACUGUUUGACAAGGGAAAAAUGUCCGAGGAAUAAUUAAAAAUUUAAGCUUACUCCUGAGCGAGUUCGUGAACAUCGAUUGGCGAUCGGUCAUAAAUUGAAACACCUGUUCUCGGAACGUGGAUACACGGUAUUUUUUUCUUAAUCUUAAUACAUAUCCAGAGUGGUCCCUGUAGGGGUUAGGGGCCGAGAAAGUGGUCCCUAUAGAGGUAAAGUCAAAGCGGUCCCUAUAGAGGAUUAGCGUCUGACUCCUUAGCCUCUAAAGCUCAUGUGGACCCUAUAGGGGUCUUUUGAUUUUAUUCAAAAUUGUCUAUUUUUUCAGUUUUUUUCAUGGCAAUGCUUCUCCGUUUAGAGUUCAUCACAAUUAUCGACUAGCAUGUCCCCUAAAAGGGCCACUUUUGUAAGCUUUAGUGGCCCCUAUGGGGGUUGGUGAAGUUUUCCUAAGAGGCGACUCUCCAACGGCCCCUAUUGCCCCUAGAGGGGCCACUCUGAAAGAAAAAUGUGUCAUUUUUGCGAAAAAGAAAAAUGUUCAGACCGGCUUUGGAAUAUUUUUCAUCAAACUUUGCAUAGAUUUCUUGUGAAAAAUUUUUUUGAAAAUCUAAUUACAUUUGAAAACCCAUUUUUUUGCAGCUUCUCUCGAAUUUUUCAGGGCUCAAUAUCAAGAUUUUUCCAUAUUUAGCAGCGAAUAAGCUUUUCUUAACCUUAUCUUUUAAAAUUAUAUUUUUCCGAACCUUCGCCAAUCAAAAUAGGUGUUAUGAAAAAAAGAAGCCAGCGAAUUUUUCCGAUUUUUUUAUAUCGCUAUGGAACUUUCCGACGGCGGCGCUUCCGAAUUUCUUCUCUCAUAUUUUUCGAUUGCUAAAAGAUUUAUUAAUAAUUUCUCAUUUUUCUUUGCGUUUUAAUCAUAAAUCAACUACCUGUUUUUAUAUAGGAAGGUUCAGAAUGAAGUAAAUAUCGAGAAAAAAGUGAUAAGUUCCCUGGCGAUAUGAAAAAAUCGGAAAAGUUGCCGUUCGAAAAUCUGCUGGCUUUUAUUUCAUACCUCCAGAAAUUCUUAUUUUCGGCAGCGCUUGAAAUUUCUCGACGCUUCUUUCAUAUUUGGCAUCGUCUGAAAUUUCUCGACACUUCUUUCAUAUUUGGCAGCGCUUAAUCUUUCCUUUGCCUUAUCUUGCAAAAUUGUAUUUUACCGAGCCUUUCUUGCGCCAAUGAUAGAUAGUUUAUUCACUGCCAUUAUUUAACAUAUAAUUGAAGAAUAGAUGAUCAAGUGAAGGAAUAGGCAGAGAAAUAACAAUACACGGGAAAGAGUCAACCCCAACGAGUUGACGGGUACCCGGAAAUAUGGCAAAUUCACAGGAGACGAGAGGGGAUAUUUUCAUGAAAGGCUUCAAACGGAAGAGCAUUCAACUUUUUACGCAGAGUUUCUGGGGUAACGUUAAAAUCUAAAUAAGAAGUUAGUUUAUUCCAAAGAGGAAUAGUUCUAGAAAAAAAGUCAUUAGAAAACUGACCAGUAGUCCGUAGUCGAAGUGGAUUUCUCUGUAACAGGGAUUGAGUGAAAUACUUAUUGCGAAAAGUGAAAUACUUAUUGCGAGUGAAAUACUUAUUGCGAAGUGAAAUACUUAUUGCGAAGUGAAAUACUUAUUGCGAGCCAAUGAAACUGGACCCUGUGGCCAAGAAGGAGUUUGAAAUUUUAUAUUGAAAAAUAAUAAAAAAUGACUCUGAUUCCAAUUAGGAGAAGGAAUACUCAUCAAAAUGUCAUUUUAAAAGAUUUUUCCCGCACUUUUUCUUAAGUCACUUUCUAGCGCGUGUUAAGUAGUUGAUUUUUAUUGUAGUUUAUUCUUUUUUUCUCCUCGAAAAUUUUUUUCGUUUUGCUCCAGGGAAAGUUUUAGUUUUUUUUUUCUUCCAGCACUUCAAAAAGAUACGCGAUACGAUGGACGCGAGUGGCUAUUUCCAAAAGUUGUUAAAAGACUGUCCAGAGCUCCGUGAAGAGCCGUUCGCACUCAACUUGCUCUCCGACUACACGAUCAUGACGUCUUUUUUCGAACCCAAUGUUUAUUUUUUUUUUCAAAGUUUCGAGUUAAUAAUCAUUUUCAGACCGAUGUGAACAAGGUUGAAAAAGUCAUCAGUUUCCUCAUGAACCAUCCGAAGCUCCUGGCCUACCUGGACCGUUUGCUUCAGCAACAACCGCCGAAAAUCCGUUCUCAGAACCAAGUAAGUAUUAGAAAUAUUAUAGGGAUCGUCAAAAAUAGUGGAAAAUUAUAUUUUUUCUUUUUUUGAAAAAGCAGGAUUUCGCAUGAAACUUUUUACUGCGAUAAACGAACAGUGCAGAUUUCGAAAAAAAUGAAAUUUUUUUCAUUUUUUUCAUUUUUUUCUGUUGAAAAAAAUUACAGCACUGAAUCACUCCUUCAUCCUGCGGGGAAAAUUUUUAGUGGCCACUUUAGGGAUUAAAAGUUAGUAGCCGCUAUAGAGGUUGUUGUGCCCGCAGGUGGCCAGUGAAGACGUUGUAGUAGAAGAUUUAUUAGUAACAAGAAACUAGACUAUGCUAGCCCGUUUACAAUAACAAACAAGGGGUUAUAUAGUGCUGAGGGAAGAGAUCCCGAAGAUUAUGGAAUGUUCCAGAAUAAAGGUGGAGUUUAGAUAGUAUUGAGAUUAGAGUAAAAGAUGGAACAUUCCAGAGUUUUAGAGAUCUGUCACGGAAGCAUUAGAACAUUCGAGAACAAUGUGGAACCUUCUAGAAAGGUAGGGAACAAAUGAGAAGAUUGUGGAACUUUCUAGAAGGGAAACCUUUACACAUGAUCCCUAUGACGUAAUGAGACUAGAAAUGUAUGGAAAACUAUAGAACAUUCUAGAAUCAGCUUAAUAUAAGCGUUAUGCUCCAACAGAGGUCUAAGUACUACUACUAGACCACUAAAAAUUUCAGUGGCUACUUUAGGGGUCAAUGGAUCAACAUAACUGGUCCAAUCUGUUUUUUUUUUAAACUAUCAGAGGUACUGGAAGGAAUACUGGGUGAAAAACUACUGAAGUGGCCACUAAAUAGAGAACCUCUAUAGUGGCCAAUGAAACGGAAAAUAGUCGCCAAAAAAUUUUUAGAGUGGUCCCUAUAGGAGUUCGGAGGAGAAACAGCCUUAAUAGGGAUCGAGAGAGGGGUGCCUAUAGGUGUAAAAUCAAGGUGGUCCCAGCCUUUGAAGUUUAAGUGGUCCCUAUAGUGGUCGUUCAAUUUCAUUCAAAAUCGCUUAUUUUUUCAGUUUUUAUGAUGAAAACGCUUCUUGGCAUAGAGUCCAUUACAAUUAUCGACUAGCAUGUCCCCUAUAGGGGCCACUCACUAAAACCCCUCUGAGAACCGCUUUUUGCAAGCUUGAGCGACCCCUAUAGGGACCACACUGAAAUUUCUAAGUUCUCACAGAAUUCCGAUGUUUUCAUUCAUUUCAGGCGUUUAGAAGGUGUUUCAAACUUUAUAUUUCAAUUUGAUUUUGAUUUUUUUUUUUCUGGCGAUGUUUAAAAACUUUUGGACAUUUUUCGCAGAUGCCACGCUUCGCCCCAGCCUCACGAGGACCUCAGGCGUUGAAUCAGAUCACGCCGGAGCUUUUGCGAGACGUUGGUUUUUUUUAUUCAAUUUUCCAUGCAAUCACUCAUCUACGAAUCUUUUUGCUCUACUUACAUGAUUUUUUUUUUAAAUGAAAUUAUUUUUUUUCCUAAAACUCUUCCUUUUUUCCAGGCUAUGAGCUUCGUUCUAGGUGGAGCAGCGCUUCCGGCUGCUCCCCCUCCUGUUCAAAAUGUGGCGCCUCCACCGGCGCCCGCAGUGUUAGUUUCUCUUGAUAUGAACAAAAUCCACCGUUUUUUGAAUAUUCUGAAAAUUUUAGAACGUUUAGAUACAAGCUAAAAUUGAAAUUAGAUCAAAGGGAGCUAAAAAUGGCUUUUAGGCUUCAUUAACAAAAAAAGUUGGAAUCACACCGACCUAUUUUGACAAUGAUGAACGAAAAAAGUAGAAAAAAAAAACGUUUUUUCGAAAGAAAUUUAUAAAAAAAAGUUGAUAGAAUCAUUCUUGAAACCAGAAAGUUGACAUUCAUAUCGAGAAAGUUUUCUUCAGGAUCCCUAAAAUUUAAAAAAUUAUCUUCAUCCAAAAAAGUUAUGUGAAGAAAAGGGUUUUCGAAUAUUUUUUAAAAAAACUGUAGCCCCUUAUAAGGAAGGUUAUUUCACUUUGCGGUUAAGAACUUUCUGAAAAAUUUGUCAGAUCAUCUCUUAGAAUACCAAACCAUGGCCCUGACAAUAUUAACAAGCAAAACUUCCCAGUUUUUAAUAAAUAAGAGCUCAAGUCCUCAAAAAUGACCUUUUUGACGAAUUUUGAAGGUUUUAUUUGACUUUGAGGUGUUCGCUCACAAAACUAGGAAGUUUUGCAGGUUUCAGAAGAAAACAUAACGAUCAGUUAAAUUUAAAAAUAUUUAUGUUGAUGAGCUGUACUUGAAGCUCUUUUGUGACAUUUGGAAUGGCUACUGAAACUUGAAAUCAGUUCGAUAUCCCACCGUGAUGGUAGAAAAACGAGAAAAUUGUGAUGGAAAAGCUUUCUCAAGACCCAUAUUGCAUUAUAACUUGCUUCUGAACCUUGUCUCGAAACGAUUGCUCCGACCAUACAUCGGCUGGAUCCCAGCCUUUUUUGAAAAUUUGAAAAUGUACGGAAGUAGGCGGCACUUUUAGGGGGGUAGGGCUUCACCCCGGGGUGGCAUCCAGCCGAACUAUGGCUCCGAUCACCAAUAAAAGAGUUUCCAGUCCCGAAUACUCGGCACAGUUGGCCCAGUUGCGUGAACUUGGCUUCACCAACGACGAAUACUCCUUGCUGGCCCUCCAGAGCACUUCUGGAGACGUCGACGCCGCCAUCGAGUGCAUCAUUGCAAUGAUGGAGGAAUAA